UGGUUGACCAAGGUGAAUCGCAAUUUGCGAUUUGCGACUGGUCUUAAACCCUAUAAACCUUUUCCCUCCCUAGCAUGAACACACUCUCUUCUUCCCUAAACCAAAUUUCUUCCACGCCAGAGAUACUUGAAAACCCCUUUCAAAUUUCCAUGCUGUGAACAUGAUUCGUCCUCCUGUCCCUUCUUCACAACAGGUACCCAAUUCAUCUCUCGCGAAUUCCGGCAAUGGGUUUCAAAAUCAGGCCCCCUUCUGCAAUCCAAACCCCCAUUUUAACAAUCUCCCUGGAAACCCUGUUCCCACCAUGCCACCUCCCAUGUUUCAGCCGGGAUUAAUGAUGAAUUUGCAAAACCCUCUCAUGGGGUUGCCUAAUAAUCCUCUUGGUGCUUCCCCUUUUGCUCCUGGCCAUAUGGGUUUUGCAAAUUCUGCUUCUAAUUUUCCAGCUCAGGGGCAGUUCAAUUUGAUGCCGAAUGUGAAUCAGAUGAAUAUGAACUCUUGUUUGCCUCUAGCGCAGUUUUUUGGGCAGAACAUGCCGAAUUUGGUUCAGCAAUUGGGUCAGAAUAUGGGUUUAAAUAAUGGGCAGUUUUGUUUGCCGUUUCAGAAUAUGAAUCAACAUGUAAUUCCUGGACAGAUGAUGAAUAUGUCUCAAGUUCCUUCUCAUACUUCAUAUGGUGGUCCAAAUCAACAAGCUGUUCCAAUGCCUUUCCAGAAUCCUGGGUUCUCUACGGCCCAGCCUUUCGGUGUCAAUCAGGGAAUGCACCCUGUUAACCAGAAUCCCCAGAACUUCAUUCCACAAGCAAUGGGCGGUGCUGGAUCAAAUCAAUUUCCGGCUUCGGUUCAACCGCUACAAGGGAAUUCGACCAUGCCGAUUAACUCUUCCACUCAACCACAACAAGCUAGGAACCUGCAGUCACCUGCUUUCGCUGGGACACAGGGUAAUUCUUCAAUAAGUGAUGGAGGAAAUGGAUUGAAUUCAAUUUCGAAUAAUUCAGCUCACAGGAAUUUCAUGAGGAACUCAAAAAAAGGAUUUCAGAAGAAUCAAACUCAUCAUAUGAAAAAUGAGAAGAAAAGGUUUGGGUUUCCUGGCGGACAGAAAGAGAAAGGUUUUCACAACGAGAGGAGGAACAAAUUUUGUGGCACCAACUCCACAGAUCAAGUGAAAGAACAGAAGAGAUCUCUCUCUUUGGUCUACACGGAUCAAGAAAUUCGGCAAUGGCGCGAGGCACGCCGGAAGAAUUACCCAUCAUCAACCAACAUACAGAAGUUUUCUAUCCUCCAGAAACUCACUGAAAAGCAAACCAACUGCACAUUGGUCAAUCAGGAGGCUCAGCUUUUGCGACAAGAACUGAAAGAGAUUUUAGCGAAGCAGGCUGAAUUAGGAGUGGAAGUUGCCGAAAUACCACCAGAGUAUCUCUCCUACUCAGAGAAACAUGACAAUCGAAAACAACGUGGAGGUCCAUCGACAUUAGGAGAGGAAGCCGAUGGGGCCUCAAUAGAGAAAGAAAAAUCUCAAAACAGGUUAAACAAGAGGGGAAGAUUGAAGAAAAAGAAUCGCCCGAGAAAGAAGGGAAAAUUUGAGAAGCAUUUGUCAAACAAGCCACCAUUAAAGAAAAGAGAACCAACAUUAUUGCAGAAGCUCUUGAAAGCAGAUGUGAGGAAAGACAAAAGCCAGUUGUUACAAGCUUUGAGAUUCAUGGUGAUGAAUUCUUUCUUCAAAGAAUGGCCCAAUAAACCCUUGAAGUUUCCUUCAGUGACGGUCAAAGAAAAUGAAGGUGAGACCAAUGUGGUUGACGAGACCCCUCUGUCUACUGGGAAUUUCAAUCUCCAAGAGACCAACAACAAUUCAUUGGUUGAAAACAAUGGUACUCAUGACAUCAACAGUGAUAACGAAAAUGACAUUGAAGACAGCGACAACGACGAGAAGCUCAAAGGAGAUGGAACACAGGUACUUGAAGAGGAAGGAGAAAUUAUUGACUAAAGUCGAGCCUCUCUAUUGCGACCUCCGGUUUCAUCUGGAUGGAAAGUAAGUGGUUGUUUUUGUAGGUGGAGGUUCUCAAGAUAGAUAAAUGCUGAGGAACAUUUCGAAAGAAGAUGGAAAACAACUUUUAUGUACAAGUUUAAAGGUGUUUAGUUUUGUUAUUGUGAGGUAAAAUUUGUAAGGAAUGACUUUCAUCUAUCUUUUCUUGAGGAUUCUUAAUAGAAAGAAGUAUCUCAUAAGUGUAAAAAAAAGAUAUAUCCAAACUCGUUAUUAUCA